AUGAUGAAAAGAAAAUCUGAUCAAAUUUCAUCAUGUGAUGAUGGUGAUUGUGGUGAUUGUGGUGAUGAUCAUCAUCCUCGUCAUCGAGAGGCAGCUUCACAAGUGCAAGAGGACUUCAUUUUCCAAAAAAAAUUUCCUGAUGUUGUUGCAGUAGGUUCUCGGAAAAAUGAAGUCGGUGAUGCAGCCUCUGAAUUUACCAGCUCCGUCUUCUCCACCAGCUCUGCGUCCAAAACCGAGAUUGAUCGGGCUUGCACCCAAAGGGGCAUUGUCCAACAAAGCAAAGAAAAGCCAGCGUUUUGGUCAAGAUUAAAUCGAGAUAUCGCACAACAUGCGUCCAGAAUGGAGAAUAAUAAAAUAAGUAAUGCGCCCUCAUCCACAAGACCAGUCGUUGACACAGCAGAACAGAAAUUUGAUCAAGAACGAAAACGUCUCUGGAAUGAACUUGACCAACAAUUGAAAGAAAAGGGUUUGGAAGAGGCUUUGAACGACCCAGAUGUGGCUGUAACGUACAAUAACAUUGCAGUACACCUUUUGGACGAGGGGGAGUUUGACGAAGCCAUGGACCUGUUUGAAAAGCGGUUGGAGAUUGAAAAGAAAUUCUUCCGACGUGAUGAUUAUCCGACAAUGGCAUCUACUUAUCAUAAUAUUGGAAUUGUCUUGGUAAACCAAGGCAAAUAUGAGGAAGCCAUGGAGCAGUAUCAAAGAUCGCUUGAAAUUAAAUUGGAGGCACUUGAACCGAAUCAUCCCGAAAUUGCAGCAACACAUCACGAGAUUGGAAAUGUCUUGCACCGUCAAGGCAAAUAUGAGGAAGCCAUGGAGCAGUAUCAAAGAUCGCUUGAAAUUAAAUUGAAGGCAUAUGGACCGGAUCAUCCCAAAAUUGCAGAAACAUAUCACCAGAUUGGAAAUGUCUUGCACCGUCAAGGCAAAUAUGAGGAAGCCAUGGAGCAGUAUCAAAGAUCGCUUGCCAUCAAGUAA